AGUCUUCGCCAUGUUCAGAGCUCUCCUCGUUGCGGCAUGCGCGGCCUCCGCCGCUGCCUUCGCUCCCUCCGCCGUCCUCCCCCGCGCUGGAGCCCGUGUUGCUGCCUCCAAGGGACCCUCCAUGCAGCUCUGGGGUGACGGAACCGCUCAGGGCCUCUCCAUCAACGCUGUUCCCUUCCUUCAGCGCCCUCCUGCUCUUGACGGAACCCUCGCUGGAGACGUUGGCUUUGACCCGGUUGGAUUCUCCAACUACAUCGACAUCAGGUGGUUGAGGGAGGCUGAGCUCAAGCACGGACGUGUCUGCAUGCUCGGCGUCACUGGCCUCAUCGCCCAGGAGUUUGUCAACCUCCCCAUGUUCCAGAACGGCAAGACCCCCGUUGAUGACUUCUUCGUCGUCCCCGCUGCCGGUCUCUGGCAGGUGUUCUUCACCAUCGGAGCCAUCGAGUUCUUCACCAACGGCUUCAAGCUUACCCCCGGAGACAUGUUCUCUGAGGGCCGUGAGGCUGGUGACCUUGGAUUUGAUCCCCUCGGCUGCGGCAAGAACCCUGAGGCCCUCGCCCGCCGCCGCCUCGUCGAGGUCAAGAACGGCCGCCUUGCCAUGAUCGCCUUCGGAGGCAUGAUCCACCAGCAGCUCCUCACCAAGCAGGGAACCAUCGAGCAGCUCCUCAACUUCAAGGCUAUCCAGUAAUUUAGAAAUAUAGUUUGAAAAAAUAUAAAAUCCACAAACAUGCAA